GUGUGUGUGUGUGGUGGGGGAGUGGGCAGUGCUCCCAGCCAGCUCCCUGAUCCUGUUAGACCAUCUGCCCUAGGCUCAAGGCUGCUCCACAGGCACCAUGCGGAAGGCCCUGCUAUCUGCAGCCAUUCUGGCCAUCAGCCUGGCUUACAGUUUUGGGGCUGUCUGUGAGGACUCACAGGAGCAGGUGGUGCCUGGUGGGGGCCACAACAAGGACUCGGACCUCUACCAGUUGCCCUCGUCCUUGCUCCGGAAACUCUAUGAUGGCCGCUCCGUCUCUCUGGAUGGAUUGCUCAAAAUGUUGAGCAAGGCUAGCAUGGAUCCUAAGGAAUCGCCACUUCCCCAGAAACGUGACAUGCAUGACUUCUUUGUGGGGCUUAUGGGCAAGAGGAACAUCCAGCCAGACACUUCUAUUGAUGUAAACCAAGAGAAUGUCCCCAGCUUUGGCACCCUCAAGUAUCCCCCCAGUGUGGAAUGAGCACUCUACUUCUGGAUCCCUGGGCUGCAUCGUGAAGACACCUGUCACCCCCUCUCAACCCCCAGCUGCAUGUGCUCCUAUUCCCCUUUCUUUCCCCCAUCCUUGUAACACUCUUGCACUUUGACUCCUUCCCCAUCCCUCUACCCCACCGUGAUGUAGAAACUGCAGAGUGAGCAUCCUCAGUCCCCUUGGGCAUUGACUAUAGAUUCCCCUGGGGUUUCUGGAGUGUCCUCCGUUAAAAAUAAGACGUCUCUUUCUACUCCUCAACA